AUGGCAAAAGGUUUAAAUCACCGUAAGUUCCAUUCUUUACUGGAUGAGGUGGAGAGCACAUACUCUGAUCUCCUCCUGUAUAACAGAGUCCUGUGGCUGUCCAGAGGAGAGGCGCUGAAAUGCUUUGCUGCAUGCCCUUUGCUGCUCAUGAAAACCUUCAUGAGCACCAAAAGGCUCACCUUUUCUGAGCUGGAACAGCCAGAGUGGCUGGAAAAGCUGCACUUCAUGGUGGACAUGACAGCGAACCUGAACAAGCUGAAUACAACUCUUCAGGGGAGAGGAGGCACAGCGCUACACAUGCUGGAGGAGGUCCCCAGCCACAACAACAACGACGGCUGCUACCACCACCACAGCCCCUGCCACUACAACAACGACGGCAGCGCCCACGACCACAGUCCCAGCAACUACAACGACGGCUGCCACCACCACCACAGCCCCAGCAACUACAACAACAAUGACGGCUGCCACCACCACCACAGCCCCAGCAACUACAACAACGACGGCUGCCACCACCACCACAACAGCCACCACGACCACAGACCCAGCCACUACACCAACGACGGCAGCCACCACCACCACAGCCCCAGCAAGUACAACAAUGACGGCAGCCACUACCACCACAGCCCCAGCAACUACAACAACGACGGCUCCCACCACCACCACAGCCCCAGCCACUACAGCAACCACAGCAGCCACAACAACAACUACAGCAGCCACCACCACCACAGACCCUGCCACUACAACAACGACGGCUGCCACCACCACCACAGCCCCAGCAACUACAACAACGACGGCUCCCGCCACAGCCCCAGCAACUACAACAACGACGGCUACCACCACCGCCACAGCCCCAGCAACUACAACAACGACAGCAGCCACCACCACCACAGCAGCCACAACCACCACACCCCAGCCACUACAACAACGACGGCAGCCACCACCACCACAGCCCCAGCAACUACAACAACGACGGCUCCCACCACCGCCACAGCCCCAGCAACUACAACAACGACGGCUACCACCACCGCCACAGCCCCAGCAACUACAACAACGACAGCUGCCACCACAACCACAGCCCCAGUCAUUACAACAACGACAGCUCCCACCACCACCACCACAGCAGCCACAACCACCGCAGCCCCUGCCACUACAACAACGACGGCUGCCACCACCACCACAGCCCCAGCCACUACAACAACAACGUCAGCCACAACGACAACAACAACAGCUUCCACCACCACCACAGCCCCAGCAACUACAACAACGACGGCUCCCACCACAGCCACAGCCCCAGCAACUACAACAACGACGGCUACCACCACCGCCACAGCCCCAGCAACUACAACAACGACGGCUGCCACCACAACCACAUCCCCAGUCAUUACAACAACGUCGGCUGCCACCACAGCCACAGCAGCCGCAGCAACCACAACAACGACAGCUCCCACCACUACCACAGCCCCAGCAACUACAACAACGACAGCUGCAACAACCACCACAGCAGCCACCACCACCACAGCCCCAGUCAUUACAACAACGACGGAAGCCACCACCACCACAGCCCCAGCCACUACAACAACGUCGGCUGCCACCACAGCCCCAGUAACCACAACAACGACAGCUCCCACCACUACCACAACCCCAGCAACUACAACAACGACAGCUCCAACAACCACCACAGCAGCCACCACCACCACAGCCCCAGUCAUUACAACAACGACGGCUACCACCACCGCCACAGCCCCAGCAACUACAACAAUGACGGCUACCACCACCGCCACAGCCCCAGAAACUACAACAACAACGGCAGCCACAACAACAACAACAGCUCCCACCACCACCACCACAGCAGCCAGCACCACCACAGCCCCAGCCACUACAACAACGACGGCAGCCACCACCACCACAGCCCCAGCCACUACAACCAUGACGGCUGCCACCAUCACCACAGCCCCAGCCACUACAACAACGACAGCUGACACCACAGCCCCAGCAACCACAACAACGACGGCUCCUACCACCACCACAGCCCCAGCCACUACAGCAACAACAGCAGCCACAACAACAACUACAGCAGCCACCACCACCACAGACCCAGCCACUACACCAACGACAGCAGCCACCACCACCACAGCCCCAGCAACUACAACAACGACGGCUCCCACCACCGCCACAGCCCCAGCAACCACAACAACGACGGCUACCACCACCGCCACAGCCCCAGCAACCACAACAACGACGGCUACCACCACCGCCACAGCCCCAGCAACUACAACAAUGACGGCUGCCACCACAACCACAGCCCCAGUCAUUAUAACAACGACAGCUCAAACCACCACCACCACAGCAGGCACAACCACCACAGCCCCUGCCACUACAACAACGACGGCACCCACCACCACCACAGCCCCAGCAACUACAACAACGACGGCAGCCACUACCACCACAGCCCCAGCAACUACAACAACGACGGCUCCCACCACCACCACAGCCCCAGCAACUACAACAACAACGGCAGCCACAACAACAACAACAGCUGCCACCACCACCACAGCCCCAGCCACUACAACAACGACGGCAGCCACCACCACCACAGCCCCAGCAACUACAACAACGACGGCUCCCACCACCACCACAGCCCCAGCAACUACAACAACGACGGCUACCACCACCGCCACAGCCCCAGCAACUACAACAACGACAGCUCCCACCACCACCACCACAGCAGCCACAACCACCACAACCCCUACCACUACAACAACGACGGCUCCCACCACCACCACCACAGCCCCAGCAACUACAACAACAACGGCAGCCACAACAACAACAACAGCUGCCACCACCACCACAGCCCCAGCCACUACAACAACGACAGCUACCACCACCACCACAGCAGCCACCACCACCACCACAACAACAACAACAACUGCCACCACCACCACAGCCCCAGCCACUACAACAACGACAGCCCCUACCACCACCACCACAGCAGCCACAACCACCACAGCCCCAGCCACUACAACAACGACGGCUGCCACCACCACCACAGCCCCAGCCACUACAACAACAACGUCAGCCACAACGACAACAACAACAGCUUCCACCACCACCACAGCCCCAGCAACUGCAACAACGACAACUACAACAACGACGGCUACAACAACCACCACAGCAGCCACCACCACCACAACCCCAGUCACUACAACAACGACAGCCCCUACCACCACCACCACAGCAGCCACAACCACCACAGCCCCAGCCACUACAACAACGACGGCUGCCACCACCACCACAGCCCCAGCCACUACAACAACAACGUCAGCCACAACGACAACAACAACAGCUUCCACCACCACCACAGCCCCAGCAACUGCAACAACGACGGCUGCCACCACCACCACAGCCCCAGCCACUACAACAACGACGGAUACCACCACAGCAGCCACCACCACCACAACCCCAGUCACUACAACAACGACAGCCCCUACCACCACCACCACAGCAGCCACAACCACCACAGCCCCAGCAACCACAACAAUGACGACUACCACCACCGCCACAGCCCCAGCAACUACAACAACGACGGCUGCCACCACAACCACAGCCCCAGUCAUUACAACAACGACAGCUCCCACCACCACCACCACUGCAGCCACCACCACCACAGCCCCAGUCACUACAACAACGACGGCUCCCACCACCACCACAGCCCCAGCAACCACAACAACGACGGCUACCACCACCGCCACAGCCCCAGCAACUACAACAACGACGGCUGCCACCACCACCACAGCCCCAGCAACUACAACAACGACGGCUCCCACCACCACCACAGCCCCAGCAACUACAACAACGACGGCUACUACCACCGCCACAGCCCCAGCAACUACAACAACGACGGCUGCCACCACAACCACAUCCCCUGUCAUUACAACAACGACGGCUGCCACCACAGCCCCAGCACCCACAACAACGACAGCUCCCACCACCACCACAGCCACCACCACCACAGCCCCAGUCACUACAACAACGACGGCUGCCACCACCACCACAGCCCCAGCAACUACAACAACGACGGCUCCCACCACCACCACAGCCCCAGCAACUACAACAACGACGGCUCCCACCACCGCCCCAGCAACUACAACAGCGACGGCUGCCACCACAACCACAGCCCCAGUCAUUACAACAACGACGGCUGCCACCACAGCCCCAGCAACUACAACAACGACAGCUCCCACCACCAUCACAGCCCCAGCAACUACAACAACGACAGCUGCAACAACCACCACCACAGCCACCACCACCACAGCCCCAGUCACUACAACAACGACGGCUGCCACCACCACCACAGCCCCAGCAACUACAACAACGACGGCUCCCACCACCACCACAGCCCCAGUCACUACAACAACGACGGCUCCCACCACCACCACAGCCCCAACAACUACAACAACGACAGCUACCACCACCACCACAGCAGCCACCACCACCACAGCCCCAGUCACUACAACAACGACGGCUGCCACCACAGCCCCAGCAACUACAACAACGACAGCUCCCACCACCACCACAGCCCCAGCCACUACAACAACAACAGCUCCUACCACCACCACUUCAGCAGCCACAACCACCACAGCCCCAGCCACUACAACAACAACGGCUGCCACCACCACCACAGCCCCAACAACUACAACAACGACGGCUACCACCACCACCACAGCCCCAACAACUACAACAACGACGGCUACUACCACCGCCACAGCCCCAGCAACCCCCAGCAACUACAACAACGACAGCUCCCACCACCAUCACAGCCCCAGCAACUACAACAACGACAGCUCCCACCGCCACCACAGCCCCAGCCACUACAACAACGACAGCUCCCACCACCACCACAGCCCCAGCCACUACAACAACGACAGCUCCUACCACCACCACUUCAGCAGCCACAACCACCACAGCCCCAGCCACUACAACAACAACGGCUGCCACCACCACCACAGCCCCAACAACUACAACAACGACGGCUACCACCACCGCCACAGCCCCAACAACUACAACAACGACGGCUACUACCACCGCCACAGCCCCAGCAACUACAACAACGACGGCUGCCACCACAACCACAUCCCCUGUCAUUACAACAACGACGGCUGCCACCACAGCCCCAGCACCCACAAUAACGACAGCUCCCACCACCACCACAGCCCCAGCAACUACAACAACGACAGCUCCCCAGCAACUACAACAACGACGGCUCCCACCACCACCACAGCCCCAGCAACUACAACAACGACGGCUACUACCACCGCCACAGCCCCAGCAACUACAACAACGACGGCUGCCACCACAACCACAUCCCCUGUCAUUACAACAACGACGGCUGCCACCACAGCCCCAGCACCCACAACAACGACAGCUCCCACCACCACCACAGCCACCACCACCACAGCCCCAGUCACUACAACAACGACGGCUGCCACCACCACCACAGCCCCAGCAACUACAACAACGACGGCUCCCACCACCACCACAGCCCCAGCAACUACAACAACGACGGCUCCCACCACCGCCCCAGCAACUACAACAGCGACGGCUGCCACCACAACCACAGCCCCAGUCAUUACAACAACGACGGCUGCCACCACAGCCCCAGCAACUACAACAACGACAGCUCCCACCACCAUCACAGCCCCAGCAACUACAACAACGACAGCUGCAACAGCCACCACCACAGCCACCACCACCACAGCCCCAGUCACUACAACAACGACGGCUGCCACCACCACCACAGCCCCAGCAACUACAACAACGACGGCUCCCACCACCACCACAGCCCCAGUCACUACAACAACGACGGCUCCCACCACCACCACAGCCCCAACAACUACAACAACGACAGCUACCACCACCACCACAGCAGCCACCACCACCACAGCCCCAGUCACUACAACAACGACGGCUGCCACCACAGCCCCAGCAACUACAACAACGACAGCUCCCACCACCACCACAGCCCCAGCCACUACAACAACAACAGCUCCUACCACCACCACAGCCCCAGCAACUACAACAACGACGGCUCCCACCACCGCCCCAGCAACUACAACAGCGACGGCUGCCACCACAACCACAGCCCCAGUCAUUACAACAACGACAGCUCCUACCACCACCACUUCAGCAGCCACAACCACCACAGCCCCAGCCACUACAACAACGACGGCUCCCACCACCACCACAGCCCCAGCAACUACAACAACGACAGCUCCCACCGCCACCACAGCCCCAGCCACUACAACAACGACAGCUCCCACCACCACCACAGCCCCAGCCACUACAACAACGACAGCUCCUACCACCACCACUUCAGCAGCCACAACCACCACAGCCCCAGCCACUACAACAACAACGGCUGCCACCACCACCACAGCCCCAACAACUACAACAACGACGGCUACCACCACCACCACAGCCCCAACAACUACAACAACGACGGCUACUACCACCGCCACAGCCCCACCCCACCCCAGCAACUACAACAACGACGGCUCCCACCACCACCACAGCCCCAGCAACUACAACAACGACGGCUCCCACCACCGCCCCAGCAACUACAACAACGACGGCUGCCACCACAGCCCCAGCAACUACAACAACGACAGCUCCAACCACCAUCACAGCCCCAGCAACUACAACAACGACAGCUGCAACAACCACCACCACAGCCACCACCACCACAGCCCCAGCUCCCACCACCACCACAGCCCCAGCUACCACCACCACCACAGCAGCCACCACCACCACAGUCCCAGUCACUACAACAACGACGGCUGCCACCACAGCCCCAGCAACUACAACAACGACAGCUCCCACCACCACCACAGCCCCAGCCACUACAACAACGACAGCUCCUACCACCACCACUUCAGCAGCCACAACCACCACAGCCCCAGCCACUACAACAACAACGGCUGCCACCACCACCACAGCCCCAACAACUACAACAACGACGGCUACCACCACCGCCACAGCCCCAGCAACUACAACAACGAAGGCUCCCACCACCACCACAGCCCCAGCAACUACAACAACGACAGCUCCCACCACCACCACAGCCCCAGCCACUACAACAACGACAGCUCCUACCACCACCACUUCAGCAGCCACAACCACCACAGCCCCAGCCACUACAACAACGACGGCUGCCACCACCACCACAGCCCCAACAAAUACAACAACGACAGCUGCCACCACCACCACAGCCCCAACAACUACAACAACGACGGCUACCACAACCGCCACAGCCCCAGCAACUACAACAACGACGGCUGCCACCACAACCACAGCCCCAGUCAUUACAACAACGACAGCUCCCACCACCACCACCACAGCAGCCACCACCACCACAGCCCCAGUCACUACAACAACGACGGCUCCCACCACCACCACAGCCCCAGCAACCACAACAACGACGGCUACCACCACCGCCACAGCCCCAGCAACUACAACAACGACGGCUGCCACCACCACCACAGCCCCAGCAACUACAACAACGACGGCUCCCACCACCACCACAGCCCCAGCAACUACAACAACGACGGCUACUACCACCGCCACAGCCCCAGCAACUACAACAACGACGGCUGCCACCACAACCACAUCCCCUGUCAUUACAACAACGACGGCUGCCACCACAGCCCCAGCACCCACAACAACGACAGCUCCCACCACCACCACAGCCACCACCACCACAGCCCCAGUCACUACAACAACGACGGCUGCCACCACCACCACAGCCCCAGCAACUACAACAACGACGGCUCCCACCACCACCACAGCCCCAGCAACUACAACAACGACGGCUCCCACCACCGCCCCAGCAACUACAACAGCGACGGCUGCCACCACAACCACAGCCCCAGUCAUUACAACAACGACGGCUGCCACCACAGCCCCAGCAACUACAACAACGACAGCUCCCACCACCAUCACAGCCCCAGCAACUACAACAACGACAGCUGCAACAACCACCACCACAGCCACCACCACCACAGCCCCACCCCAGCAACUACAACAACGACAGCUCCCACCACCACCACAGCCCCAGCCACUACAACAACAACAGCUCCUACCACCACCACUUCAGCAGCCACAACCACCACAGCCCCAGCCACUACAACAACAACGGCUGCCACCACCACCACAGCCCCAACAACUACAACAACGACGGCUACCACCACCACCACAGCCCCAACAACUACAACAACGACGGCUACUACCACCGCCACAGCCCCAGCAACUACAACAACGACGACUGCCACCACAACCACAUCCCCUGUCAUUACAACAACGACGGCUGCCACCACAGCCCCAGCAACUACAACAACGACAGCUCCCACCACCAUCACAGCCCCAGCAACUACAACAACGACAGCUCCCACCGCCACCACAGCCCCAGCCACUACAACAACGACAGCUCCCACCACCACCACAGCCCCAGCCACUACAACAACGACAGCUCCUACCACCACCACUUCAGCAGCCACAACCACCACAGCCCCAGCCACUACAACAACGACGGCUGCCACCACCACCACAGCCCCAACAACUACAACAACGACGGCUACCACCACCACCACAGCCCCAACAACUACAACAACGACGGCUACUACCACCGCCACAGCCCCAGCAACUACAACAACGACGGCUGCCACCACAACCACUACAACAACGACAGCUGCAACAACCACCACCACAGCCACCACCACCACAGCCCCAGUCACUACAACAAGGACGGCUGCCACCACCACCACAGCCCCAGCAACUACAACAACGACGGCUCCCACCACCACCACAGCCCCAGUCACUACAACAACGACGGCUCCCACCACCACCACAGCCCCAACAACUACAACAACGACAGCUACCACCACCACCACAGCAGCCACCACCACCACAGCCCCAGUCACUACAACAACGACGGCUGCCACCACAGCCCCAGCAACUACAACAACGACAGCUCCCACCACCACCACAGCCCCAGCCACUACAACAACGACAGCUCCUACCACCACCACUUCAGCAGCCACAACCACCACAGCCCCAGCCACUACAACAACAACGGCUGCCACCACCACCACAGCCCCAACAACUACAACAACGACGGCUACCACCACCGCCACAGCCCCAGCAACUACAACAACGAAGGCUCCCACCACCACCACAGCCCCAGCAACUACAACAACGACAGCUCCCACCACCACCACAGCCCCAGCCACUACAACAACGACAGCUCCUACCACCACCACUUCAGCAGCCACAACCACCACAGCCCCAGCCACUACAACAACGACGGCUGCCACCACCACCACAGCCCCAACAACUACAACAAUGACAGCUGCCACCACCACCACAGCCCCAACAACUACAACAACGACGGCUACCACAACCGCCACAGCCCCAGCAACUACAACAACGACGGCUGCCACAACAACCACAUCCGCUGUCAUUACAACAACGACCCCCAGCAACUACAACAACGACAGCUGCAGCAACCACCACAGCAGCCACCACCACCACAGCCCCAGUCACUACAACAACGACGGCUCCCACCACCACCACAGCCCCAGCAACUACAACAACGACGGCUCCCACCACCGCCACAGCCCCAGCAACUACAACAAAGACGGCUGCCACCACAACCACAGCCCCAGCAACUACAACAACGACGGCUGCCACCACAACCACAGCCCCAGCCACUGCAACAACGACGGCAGCCACCACCACCACAGCCCCAGUCACUACAACAACGACGGCUCCCACCACCACCACAGCUCCAGCAACUACAUCAACAACGGCAGCCACAACAACAACAACAACUGCCACCGCCACCACAGCCCCAGCCACUACAACAACGACCGCUCCCCAGCCACUACAACAACGACGGCUGCCACCACAACCAAAGCCCCUUCCACUACAACAACGACAGCAGCCACCAGCACCACAGCCCCAGUCAUUACAACAACGACGGCAGCCAUCACCACCACAGCCCCUGCCACUGCAACAACGACAGCAGCCAUCUCCACCACAAGCCCAGCCACUACAACAACGACUGCUCCCACCACCACCACAGCAGCCACCACCACAGCCCCAGCCAAUACAACAACGACAGCAGUCACCAUCACCACAGCCCCAGCCACUACAACAACGACAGUAGCCACGACCACCACAACCCCAGCCACAACAACGACUGCUGCCACCACCACCACGGCUGCCACCACCACCACAGCCCUAGCCACUACAACAACGACGGCUGCAACCACAACCACAACCACAGCCCCUACAACUACAACAACGACGGCAGCCACCACCACGACAGCCACAACAACAACGACUGCAGCGACGACCACCACAACCCCAAUGACUACAACAACGACGGCUGCCACUACCACUACAACUUCCACCACCACCACAGCACCAGCCACUACAACGACGGCAGCCACUACCACCACAGCCCCAACCACAACAACAACGACGGCUGCCACCACCACAGCAGCCACCACCACCACAGCCCCAGCCACUACAACAAGGACAGCUGCCACCACAACCACAGCCCUAACAACUACAACAACGACGGCUGCCACCACCACCACAGCCCCAGCGUCUACAACAACGACGGCUUCCACCACCACCACGGCAGCAACGACCACCACAGCCCCAACCACUACAACAACGACGGCAGCCACCACCACCACAACCCCAACAACUACAACAACGACUGCUGCCAGCACCACCACAGCCCCAACAACUACAACAACGACGGCAGCCACCACCACCACAGCCCUAGCCGCUACAUCAGCGACGGCAGCCACCACCACCACAGCCCCAACCACAACAACAACGACGACAGCCACUACCACCACAGCCCCAACAACUGCAUCAACGACGGCAGCCACGACAUCCACAGCUGCCACCACCACCACAGCCCCAGUCACUACAUCAACUACGGCUUCUACCACCACCUCGGCCCCCGCCACUACCUCAAUUACAGUUGCCACCACCACCUUAGCCCUGACCUCCACGUCAGCGACGUCCUCCACCACCCCCAUAUUUGUUGUAUUCAGAUCCAUUCAAAGCAAUUUUACAACUGACUUGUUGAAUUCAUCAUCUGAAGCUUUCAAAACGCGAGCUGCAUCUAUAAAGGCACAGAUUGAACCUCCUUACAGAUUGGCGUUCCCUUCUUCUUUUGUCUCCUUGAAUGUUGUGAGCUUCAGGCAGGGAUCAGUCAUCAACACGAUAGAACUUCAGUUUGUAAACACAUCUGUACCAAACAACACUGAGAUUGGAAAUGUUUUGAACAGUACAGCCUCAAACGUUACAGGCUUUGACAUUGAAAGGGCCUCCAUCGCUGUCAAUGACACAGAAAAAGACUAA